AUGGCCCGUCUACGAGAAGCGGAGGCAUUGAGGCAGUUCCUCCUCAGCAAAGGAGCCUUCCUGGAUCCGGCCCUCCGCCUGUCGCUGAGCGUCGGCUCGGGCCUGGAGGUGCGCGCAGGCCGGCGCUUCGCCAAGGGCGAGGUGGUGGCCGAGGUGCCGCGGCGCCUGGUCCUGGAGGCGCCUCUCGAGGCCGCGCCACACGCGGCGCCGGCGCUGCUGGCGGCAGCGCGCCGGGGCCACGGCCAGUGGUACGACGUGCUGGGCAGCGAGGAGGGCCGGUGGGCGGUCGCCAACUUGGCGCUGUCACUACUCCGGGCACGCGCAGAAGGCAACACCUCACCCUUCGGCGCUUACAUCGCGGCGCUGCCGCAUUGGCCGGAUUUGCCUACGCUGCACCCUCUGAGGCGGGUUUGGCCCCAGCGGUUGCUGGAGGCCUCGCCCAUGCUGGCGCGGCUGUAUGAGGAGGCCUCCGCCUGCAACCAGCGGGUCCUCAAGCUCCUGUCGGAAAAAGACCGGCGCUGGGCCUUGGCGGCGGUGGUGACCCGGAACUUUGCGCUCAAGGGCAACGGUCAGACGGCGUUGGGCAUGCUGCCCUUUAUCGAUUUCUUCAACCACUGCAGCCCACGGCCUCACCGCAUCGACUGGACCUGCUCCUUCCAGGAGAGGCCGGGAUGUGUGGCCAUGGUGGCGGACCGUACCAUCUUACCCGAGGAGGCGCUGAGCUUCGUCUAUGCACCGGCGCCACCUGGGGCGCUGCUGGUGCAGUAUGGGAUCCCGCCUCUGGAGGAAACCUCUGCCUACGAGAUGGCAGGCUUGAUCGUGGCAGCCGGCUUGGGUUCCGGGCCUCUGCAGGCAUUUGGCUACCUGCUGAAAGUGGAGACGCGCGUUCUCCGACUUGGAAAUGGCAAGUCGCUGGCCGUGUUCCUGGUGCCAUCCUCUCAAGUGCAUUGGGCAACCCGGGAUGUGAUGCAACAGAUCUUCCGCACUAACAGCAACAAGAAACUUCGGACUCAUGCAACCGAUAAAAGAGCAACUGCUGAAGACGAGCACCGGCUACUCUGGCCAGGGGUGGAGGUCUUCCGUGGAGACGUGGACUUCGAUGCUGAGAAGAGGGCAGCGCUGCGGAGCUGGGGAUGGGAGGAUGACGAGCCCCUGCUGUUCACCGUGCCGGGCGACUUGGCGCCCAACCGCCCGCUGAUGCGUGUGGCACGGCUGCUGUGCGGCGCGGACGAAAUGGGCGCCGGCGCCACCGGUCGCCGCCGCAGGCCCGGGAGCCGCCACAAGCGUGAAGUGGACGCCGAGCUGGAGCUUCGGGUGCUGUCUCUCCUGUCCCACUGGCUGCGCCGCGCACGGGAGCGCCUUGUUGUGCCGGCAUUGGUUGACGCGGACGAGGAGCCUUUGGCCACCGCUGUGGCCGCCGUGGUCUGCAGCGAGCUGCGAGUGCUGGACCUGUGCCUGGACAACCUGCAGCGCCAGACUCUGGAAGCGCAGCUGCGGGCAGAGGACUUCCGGCGUGCCUCGCGGCGGCUGCUCGAGCCGCACGGCUGCAUUUUGGUCAGAUGGGAGUGGCCCAUGGGCGGCCCAUAG